UUCUCUUUCUCUCUCUCUCUUUGACACAUGAGAAAACAAAAUAAAGAAGUUUGAGCAUCUUCUUCUUAGGGCCAUCACCAAGACCACAGGGUCUUUGAUUGGUGUUUGACAAGGUUGUGUCAUUCUUUUUUCUCUCUCUCUUUUUUUUUCGGGGUCCCAAACGGUAGGCUUGUGGCCCUAGGCAGGGACUGAAGUGGCCGUUAGAGACAUCUCUGGUUUCAAUUGAGGAGAGGAAAUUUAGAAAAAGUUGUGCAAUGGCACAAAAGUUUUGAAAGCCGGUGAGACAGAAUAGCAAGCCGAGGGCUGAGGGCUUGUAAACUGGGGAAAGACGCCUCCAUGUUACAUUCAUACAGGAUGGAGGGGUAUCUUACCUCACAUCAAGCAGCUGAAGAAAUGAUCUAUGACCCUGACAUCUACCGACCGCCGAUAGAGUACUACCCAUACAUCAACAUAGAUGAAGGCCAAACAGACCACGUCUGGGACUACCCGCACCACGCCCAUGGCAGUGACUUUGAGAACAUUCCAGAUACUCACUUCACAGAACUGCAGAGUGUGCAGCCCGUGCACAUCCCGAGUCUGCACCCGCGCUUCGAGCCCGAGCCCAGCCAUCCUCUGGACCCCAGCCUGGUGGGGCACCCACACCACCUGGCCCUCUCUCCUCAGGUGCAGUAUUUCCGACCUCAACUCUGCUAUCCCCAGACAUCGCCAAUCCAGCGCAUCUCCGACGACGAUGACCCCGGAAGCCGCAGUCCUCCACUGGAAGUGUCUGAUGAGGAGGGCCUGAGAGAGCACAUCAGCUCCACUACUGGUGGAGAGCCAGGCAACAAGAAGAAGAUCCGUCUAUAUCAGUUUCUCCUAGACCUCUUGCGAAACGGGGACAUGAAGGAGAGCAUCUGGUGGGUGGAUCGGGACAAGGGCACAUUCCAGUUCUCCUCCAAACACAAGGAGGCGCUAGCGAACCGCUGGGGCAUUCAGAAGGGCAACCGCAAGAAGAUGACCUACCAGAAGAUGGCAAGGGCACUGCGCAACUAUGGCAAGACGGGCGAGGUCAAAAAGAUCAAGAAGAAGCUGACAUACCAGUUUAGUGGAGAAGUGCUGGGGAAGGGCCACCUCGGAAUUGAAAGGAAGAUGUACUUGUAGAGUGAGAGAGAGAGUGAGAGAGACAAAGAGAGAUAAUGAGAGGAAGUGUGAUAGACAUUACUGAGCACCAGAUUCACUAUUCAGGCUACAUUGCUAAAUGCUCAUCCUUCAUUCAGCUAGCAUUCUACAUACAUAAUGAUGUCAUAGGAUUCUGUUCACAGCAUAAGAACCUAGACGUUAUGUGUGUGCUCUAUGUUAGCAUCAGUGAACAAGGUCAUAUACUCUGUUAAUCCAGUCUGUCAUCUCUAAGAUGACUAGGUUGACUAUGAAAAGGAGGACACUUGUGUCUAAAAGUGAGUAAAAAUGGGCCAAAAUUACCAACAGUUUUGCUUAUAUGUCUGUGCUGACAGUAAAAAUGUCAACAUUACUUUUUUACACAUCAUUAACAACAUCAAACAGUGUGAUACUUAAUGUAAGAUGUUUUCAUUUUCAUGUAGUUUAUAGCUAUUUUGUAGCAAUAUGUCAUUGCCAAUCUGUCAUUUCACACUGAGCAUGUCCCCCCUUGAAAGGAGACACUAUGGAGAACAACUAUGUGUGUCUGUGGUAUCCUCAACUGCUUGUGUGCUCGUCUGCAACCCAGUAGACCAGUGGUCUUGGUUCACCAAUGCAUUCGGAAUGCGAAGACAGUGUAGCCUCUGUGAGACCACAGAGAACAUGAUCCUCAUAAGCCUUGUUUGCAGUGGGGUAAUUGUAUCAUUGUUACAUGUACUUAUGAGCAUUGUUUGCUGUGGAGCACUUGUGUCACUGCUACUUACAAGCAUAGACCUCUGAAGUUCGCCUACAAAAAGGCCCCAAAGUUGCCAUCUUUUCCCAUAUAAAGACACUCGGACCUCCUUAUAUGGGCGAAGAUGGUACCCGGAUCCCCUCAUAUGGGCAAAGAUUGCAGCUUUGGGGCUUUUCUGUAGGCAAACUUCCGAUGUCUAUUGUUACUGUGUGCAUUGGUUGGGGAUUUGUCAAAAAGACAGACAAAUGUCCAAAAAGGUGGAGACUCUACCUAGGUCUGGACAGGGCUCGGAAGCUGGACAGUCUGGGCAAAAUCCAGAUGAAUGAUUACCGUAGCAAGAUGAUUUUUUUUUUUACGCUUCUGGUGAGCACCCAAUACUUUCGCGUUGGUGGUUAUAGUUUUGUGACAAUGCAGAGUACAAUGGAAAAAAAAUAUUUAAAAAAACAUCAGUUAAAAGCAGAAGUGAAAACCAAUGACACAGCCUCAUGCUGCACGGCAAACAAAGUUUGACCACAACAAGCUUGGCUUGAUCACUCCAACACCAGAGCACUUGGUGGAAUCUUUACAAGUUGCCUAAACUUCAGCGUUAUACUGGAGCUCUGGUGGAAGAAAUGAAGUUGCUACAAAUGUAUAUUACUGGGGGACACACAAACAUGUAGCAUAAUCAUAAUAGAUUGUCUAAGAUUACCUUUUUCUGUUCUCUUGUGCCUGCUCCAGAGCAUUUAAGCUUUGGGCUCUGUAAAGUGUAUCAACUGUAAUUGUUAAUGUAAGUAUAUAAAUCAAUAAAAAAUAAACAGUA